AUGGUCCUGCUCAAGUCAGAGAGUGUCAUUGCCACUCGAAAGAUUGAUUCUGCUCGCGCUUCCCGCCUCUUGAAAGUGUUCAGAGAUGUCACUAAAGGUGGCAAAGCAAUUUACACGGCAGUCGAGGCACGUCUGUUCCUCGAGGCAGUUCGAACGAACACCUCUCCCGCUGCCUGCCUGGAGAUCAUCACGGCUAGUGAGGUUGCACGCAAUGCCAUCAGCAACAGCAUCCGGAUCGAUUCGUCAAUCUCUUUCAUGAGGGCACACGUUAUACCAUUCAUUGCCUAUUUGAGCGACCCCGGAGUGAAGAUGAUGUACGGUGGGCAGCUUCUUCACCAAGUCCUACUCAUCAUCGCCUACCCACCAGCCCUCUGGGGAAAACUCCUGAGCGCUUUCCGAGAGUCUCAACUUACCGAAGACGAGCUUCAAGUCUUUGCGUGGCUCUGCUUCGAACUUUCCGGUCUUUCUGACAGCAUAAUCGAUACCAUCGUAGAGGACAUCACGAACGCCUUGGACGAGAAGCCGUUUUGCGAGGCUCGGAACCAUGGGACUCGUGACCUCGUCUACAGGAUCAGAAAAGUACUCGCUCUCAGAUCGUCUUCUGGCGAUGAGAACCUCGAGGCAGCCGGUGGCCGCCAUGACAAUGACUUUUCGAGCUUUCGAGAUAUCUCAAUCUUUCCAACGAGUGACGAGUUCUACUCCAAUGCCAAACCUUUCUAUCGAAUGGCAGCCGAGGUUGCUGCCGCAGGUCAGGUUCAGCGACCGCGUGUUCAUCUGGAUAACCAGUUUCGCCUUCUUCGUGAAGACAUGCUGGGCGAACUCCGUGAUGAUUUUAAAGUAGCUAUGGGAAGAAAGAAGAGCAAGAAGAGGGCCCAGAUACUCUCAGGAUUGUUGCCUGUUGGCAUUGACACCGGCGAUGAUAGGCGAAGCCGUGCUUGUGCGGUCGCGCUUACAUGCCUCGGGGGACUGGAGAUCAUAAAGAAGCUAUCACCGGCCAAAUGCAAGGCCUUCUUUGAUGACCACAGAAAUUUCCUUCGACACCAGUCUUUCGGCGCUUUAUGUGGUGAAGACCAUAUUGUCGCGUUCGCAUUCCUGCUACGGGACGUGGACCAAUUGUCGAAGAAGCCCCCCAUCGUCACCCUGCAAUUCACUGAUAGUGAAGCUACUGCAAGAGCUUUGCAGGCACUUACACCGUCAAACAAUCUCAGGUUCGUUCUUGUAGAUACUCCGGUGUUUGCCUACCAACCCGUUCUGGAGUGUCUUCAGGAAAUAACAGAGUUGCCUCUCGCAGAGAGGCUUCUGAGACUCCCAAACGAUGAGAAAAGUCAACCACAAGACUUGCUUCAGCAAACUUCUUACGUCCAACAAUAUGUGAGAAGGUUGGAAGAGAUGAUGAAAAGUGGAUCACGCUGCCUUUCCUUGGGCACGCAGACUUUCCGACUCGAUGAUUCUCAACUUCAAUCGUUGCUGCAUGCGUUACAGAGCCCUUUGGCACUCAUCCAAGGCCCUCCUGGAACUGGAAAGUCAUUCGUUGGCGCCUUGGCAGCUAAGAUACUGCUGGGAGAUCCGGAAAAGCGAAUUCUGGUGCUGAGCUACACCAACCAUGCCCUAGAUCAGUUCCUCGAGGAUCUGAUGAAAAUUGGCAUUUCAUCCGGUGAUAUGGUGCGCUUAGGAUCGAAGUCAAAGGAAUCAACUUCAGCCCUGUCACUGGAGAAGCAAUUGCGAAGUUACGCCUACCGUCGAAAUAAUGCAACGUGGGAACACAUCAACGGCAUGAAAACAGAGAUGGAUGAAGUUCGAAGAGAGAUGGGGUCGGCAUGCGACCUUCUCGUCCGGGACAAGGUUGGUUCUUUGGAGCUCUUGAGCUUUCUCGAGUUCUCCGACGAUGACCAGCUAUUUUAUGAAGCUUUUCUCUUACCCGAGCAAGACAGAGGCUUCAAGAUCGCAGGCAAAAGUAACAGAGCCAUGGGUCCCGACUAUCUGCUGGGCCGGUGGAUUACGGGACAAGAUGCCGGUGAACUCCGACACUUCGUCUCGUCUGGAAGCCACGAUAUCUGGUACUUAUCAAUGGCUCAGAAAUCUGCACAUAUCCAACGGUGGGUUGAGUGCAUUCGCAAGGAACGAAUCGAAGCAGUCCAGAAUCUCAUCAAGAGAUUCAAUGAAGCCCAGGAGCAAGUGGACAGGCUGUUCAGAGAGUCCAAAUGCUCCUUUAUGCAAACGAAGAGAGUCGUCGGAUGUACAACAACCGCGGCUGCCAUGUACAAGUCGCUGAUCAAGGCUGCAAAGCCCGAUGUCGUUUUGGUUGAAGAGGCUGGUGAAAUCCUCGAGGCUCACGUUUUGACUGCUUUGCACAGCGACACAAAGCAGCUCCUACUAAUCGGGGACCAUAAACAACUGCGACCCAAGAUCAACAACUAUGCUCUAAGCGUCGAAAAAGGAGACGGCUUCGAUCUCAAUCGCUCGCUCUUUGAACGACUGAUUCUCCAGGGACACGACCACGUCACACUCCAAAAGCAGCAUCGCAUGCAUCCCGAUAUCUCGGAUCUUGUCCGGAAGAUGACAUACCCGGAUCUAUUGGACGGUGACAAGACCAAGGAUCGGAAGCCUCCCAAGGGAUUUCAGGGAAGAGUCAGCUUCGUCAACCACAGCCACCCAGAAGACCUGGCCGGCGAUAUUACCGAUCGCCGCGACGUUGGUGUCGUCUCUAGUAAGAGCAAUCUUUAUGAAGCGCGAAUGGUUCUGAAGCUAGUCAAAUACCUUGGGCAGCAAGGAUAUCGCACUGAAAACCUCGUCAUUCUCACGCCAUAUCUGGGACAAUUGCGCCUACUCAGAGAAAUCUUGAGCUCCGAGAAUGACCCUUGGCUCAAUGAUUUAGAUUCGUUUGAGCUCAUUCGCGCGGGACUCAUGACUGCUGCCGCCGGGAAAGUGCACGACGGAUCAGGAUCAGGAAGAAUCAAACUUUCGACUAUCGAUAACUACCAGGGCGAAGAGAGCGACAUCGUCAUUGUUUCUCUGACCCGGAGCAACAAUGAUGGCGACAUCGGAUUCAUGAAAGCGCCUGAGCGGCUCAAUGUUCUAUGUUCUCGUGCGAGAGAGUGUCUCAUUCUCUUCGGCAAUAUGGAAACCUUCAUGGCAUCUGGGCACGGAAAAGCAGUCUGGUUGCCUUUCUUCGCCUUACUGAAGGAGAAGAAUUAUCUACAUGAUGGAUUCGCAAUCAGCUGCCAACAGCACACUGGCAGGACCGCAUUGCUCAAAGAACCGGACGACUUCGAUAUAAAGUGUCCUGAAGGUGGCUGCGACGAAGCUUGCAAGAUCAGUUGUCACACAAAGGUCGCAAAACACUGCGACAGGGGACAUAUGUACAGCGUUGACUGCAACAACCAAACUCAAAAAUGCGUCGAAUGCUUCAAGGAGGAUGAGAAUAGUCGGAGGCGCUUGAAGCGCGACUUGCAGAUGGAAGUGGAUCGCGAUGUGGCACAGAAGAGAUACGCUCAAGACCUACAAAAGGUAGAAGACGACUUGGAUCUUCAGAGGAGACUGAUAAUGAAUGAACAAGAGGACCUCGAGCAGAACAGGACUCUGAAAGAACGCAGAGAAGAACUCAGAGCUCUGCAGCAGACGAGAGCUCGUGCUGAGAUGAUUAAGGCUGCCAGAGAAGCUCCCAAGAGAGUUCCGGGUGCUUUUCCAGAUGAACGAAAACCUACAGCGAGCCCAGCCCCAAAACCCGGAAGCGCAGAGGAAGAGUGGCUGAAUUUGAAGUCGAAAUUCGGUGCUAGCAGCAGUGCCAUGGAUCAACUCAUGAAGAUGAUCGGGCUCGAGAGCAUUAAAGAGGAGUUCCUCUCCAUCAAGUCCAAAGUCGACACGGCGGCGAGACAGAGGAUUUCAUUGUCGACGGAGAGGUUUGGCUGCUCCCUCUUGGGGAACCCCGGAACAGGCAAAACUACCGUAGCACGGAUCUUUGCCCAAUUUUUGGUGUCGGUGGGCGUCAUAGCUGGCAGUCGCUUCGAAGAGACGUCUGGAUCGAAACUAGCAUCUCUAGGUGUGCCUGGCUGCCAGAAGCUGUUAGAUGACAUUUUGAAUGACGGCGGUGGUGUGAUCUUUAUUGACGAAGCAUAUCAACUAUCCUCAGGCAAUAGUCCCGGUGGCCGCGCAGUCCUUGAUCUCCUGCUCGCGGAAGUUGAGAACCUUACCGGCAAGAUUGUCUUCGUUCUCGCUGGGUACAACAAACUGAUGGAGUCUUUCUUCGCGCACAACACUGGGUUUCCAAGUCGGUUUCCGAUUACGAUGAAGUUUGACGACUACGAUGAUGACGAGCUUCUGAAGAUCCUUCAGUUCCAGAUUGACAAUAAGUACGGAUGCCGCAUGAAGUGGGAAGAUGAUCUCUAUCUCCGCAUCGCCUGUCGUAGACUUGGACGAGGGCGCGGAAAGGAAGGGUUUGGCAAUGCGCGAGCAAUUGAAAAUCUCCUUUCCAUUGUCUCCAGCCGGCAGGCCAAUCGAAUUCGGAAGGCUCAUCGAAGGGGCGCGAACCCGGACGAUCUCCUGUUCACAAUGGAGGAUUUGGUCGGACCUGAACCUUCAGUUGCCCUCGAGCACAGCAAAGCUUGGGGGAAAUUACAGACCUUGAUCGGCCUUAGUUCAGUCAAAGAAUCAGUUCGAGCCUUGAUCGAUAGCAUCCAGACCAACUAUGUUCGCGAGCUGGCGGAAGAACCCAUCAUCGAGUAUACGCUCAAUAAAGUCUUUCUCGGUUCGCCAGGAACGGGAAAGACCACUGUCGCCAAGCUGUACGCCCAGAUCCUUGUUGACUUAGGUCUGUUAUCUAAUGGAGAGGUGAUUGUCAAAAGUCCGGCGGACUUCACGGGUGCUGUACUAGGAGGCUCCGAGGCCCAGACCAAAGGCAUAUUAGCGUCGACCGUCGGUAAGGUUCUCGUCAUUGACGAGGCUUACGGAUUAUACGGGGGCAGUAACUCAGCUUGGGGAGGUUCUGACCCCUACAAGACUGCCGUAGUAGACACCAUUGUUGCUGAGGUCCAAAGUGUUCCAGGAGAAGAUCGAUGUGUUCUUCUUCUGGGUUACAAGGACCAGAUGGAGGAGAUGAUGCAGAACGUCAACCCGGGCUUAAGUCGACGAUUUCCAUUGUCGUCAGCCUUUAUCUUCGAAGACUUCGAGAAGGCAGACAUGCGGAAGAUCUUGGACCUCAAACUCAAGUUACAAGGAUUUUCCGCUACUGAUCAGGCCAAGCAAGUCGCCUCAGAGAUGCUCGAGAGGGCCCGCAACCGACCAAACUUUGGCAAUGCAGGAGAAGUGGACAUUCUCCUGAACGAGGCAAAGGCACGUCAUCAGCGACGACUGACAGCUAAAGAAAGCCAUCACGUCUCUACCCUUGAAGCUCUGGACUUUGACCACGACUUUGACCGCGCAGAUCGGGCUCAGACCAAUGUUGCCAAACUCUUCGAGGGGACCGUUGGUUGCGAGAAGAUUGUCGCCACCCUUGAGGGAUACCAGGAGACUGUACGUUGUAUGAAGGCACUGAAUAUGGACCCUAAGGAUAGUAUUCCUUUCAACUUCAUCUUCCGCGGCCCUCCAGGUACGGGCAAGACCUCAACAGCGAGAAAGAUGGGCAAAGUCUUCUACGAUAUGGGGUUCUUGGCCAAGGCAGAAGUUAUUGACUGCUCUGCAUCUGAUCUCAUCGGCGAAUACAUCGGCCACACCGGCCCUAAAGUGCAGCAACUCCUGGAAAAGGCUCUUGGAAAAGUACUGUUUGUCGAUGAAGCUUACCGUCUUGCGGAAGGACAAUUUGCCAAAGAGGCAGUUGAUGAGGUUGUCGAUUCGGUGACGAAGGACAAGUACAAGAAUCGCCUUGUAAUAAUCCUAGCUGGAUACGACGAGGACAUCAAUCGGCUACUUUCAGUCAACCCGGGAAUGUCAAGUCGGUUCCCAGAAGUCAUCGACUUCCACAGCCUUAGCCCCGAGAGUUGCUACGAACUUCUGCUGCAGAUUCUAGAUAAGCAGAAGGGAACUCUUCAUAGCAAGAAUUCAUCUAAUAAUCUCGUAAUGGAUUGUAUAUCGAAUCCAUCGCCCGAUUUCAAGAGGGAAAUUGUCGCUACGUUUCACAAACUCACUACAACCGCCGGAUGGGCUAGCGCCCGAGAUGUGGAAAGCCUUGCCAAGUCGAUUGUUAGCAUCGCGAUCAAGUCUUGCCGAGACCGACGGGUGACAAUCGACGAAGAUCUUGUAAAGCAAGAAUUCUCCAAGAUGCUCGAUGAGCGCGAAAGCCGGGAGAAGCAGGCAGGGACCAUGCGUGGCGUGCCCAAGCUCGAGCGAAUAUUCCAGCAGAUGUCAUUACCCCCUCGAACACAAAGCAUGCAACCAACAGCUUAUGCAAAAACCGCCCCCGAAGCGACUGAAGAGGGAGCAGAAUCAACGCCUCCCGAGUGUCCAGUGGUGGAAGUCAGUGAUGAGAGUCGAGUAGCAAAACGCGACGCCGGUGUCAGCGAUGAGGUCUGGGAACAAUUGGAGAGGGACAAGAGGGCUCAAGAGGAAAAGGAUGCCAAGUACCGAGAAAUGCUCGAGAAGAAGCGCAAAGCAGUGGGGGCUGCCAGGGACGCAAUUCUCAAGGAGCUCAUUGAGGAAGAAGAGCGACGGAAGAAAGAAGAAGAGCAGCGCAAGAAAGCCGCGAUGAUGGGCCGAUGCCCCAUGAAUUUUGAGUGGAUCAAGCAGAGUACGGGGUUCCGGUGUGCGGGAGGUUCACAUUUCAUCUCUGAUGAGGAUAUUGUAUGUUCCUGA